AUGGCGCUCCCCGCGGCAACGGUACCAUUCGUCGUGCUCCUCCUCCUCCUCGUCCCGACGGGCGGAUCCGGUACCGGCGGCUCCGACCAGGGAGGAGGAGGCGGCUGCUUUGCUCCGCUGAUCGGCUGCGCCCCGCCGGCGUCCGCCACGGGCAACGCCACCGCGUUCCGCGCCAGCCUCGCCCCGCUGCUCGCCGCGCUCCCCUCCGCCGCGGCGGCGGCAGCCGAGGGGUUCGCCGCGCUGCGCUCCCAGCCGGACCCCGGGCGCGACCGCGCGCACGCCCUCGGCCUCUGCUUCGGGUUCGGGUUCGGGUUCGGCGGCGUCGCCGACGCGUCGGACUGCCACGCGUGCCUCCGGGCCGCCGUCGCGGCAGCCAGCGAGGGCUGCGCCAACGACACCCGCCGCGCGGGCGUAUGGAGCCACGGCUGCCUCCUGGCGUACUACGCCGGCGACGUCGCUUCCUCGUACACCGACGGCUUGGAGCAGACGCUCGCCGACCUGACCAUGGCCCUUGCUCAGCCCAAGGGGCCAUCGCUCUGGAGGAAGGCACAAUCCAUCAUGUCGUUCGUUCUGGCAGCCAUUGGAGCGGUCACAGUCGUGGUCCUCGCGUGCUUUCUCGUGGGCUGCUACCUGCUGGCAGAGACCCUCUUCGGGAACAUGGCGGAAGCAGGUCCGCAGGGCGAUGGGUUCGCUCUGUAUAUUGCUGCAACAAAUGGCCAAGCACAGGUCUGGUCGCUGGCGACGCAGUUCUGA